AAAAAAUCUAUUUUAAAUUGAACUUAAUAUUAAAAUUGAACUGUUACAGCUAUAAAAAGAAAAGUAGCACUUUCGACUUUCGCUAUCACCUACCGAUUCAUCUCGCCAAAAAGAAAAGUUCGUCUUUGAUCGUUGUUUCAUUUAAGCAACACCAAAAGUUCCUUUUUUUCGGUUUGCGUUAAUCGGAAGCGAUGCCUUCAGCUGUAUCGCAGCAGUGGCAAGAGAAGGCGACUGGGUUUUUUUCUUCCUCAGGGGUGAAGCUGAAGGAAGCUAGCCAAACCGCCGGCACGUUUGUUGGAGAAGUUGCAAAGGAUGCCAAAGGCAACGUCACUGACGUGGCGGAACGAGUUGGUUCCAUGGUCAAAAACCGAUGGGCGUUUCUCCGGCAGCCAGCGACAAGACAUGCUGUGCAAGAGAGCCUUAUAUCGGCUGCUGCAACGACCGGAACCUUUUUGAGGAAAGGCAUCACCGGGACUAAAGACAGGGUUGUUGUUGGGAAAACAAAAGUUGAAGAGGUGGCAAAAAAGACUGCACAGAAAAGCAAGACAAUUUUGACAGAUAUAGAACGAUGGCAGAAGGGUGUUGCCAGCACUGAUGUAUUUGGAGUUCCUAUUGAGGUUACUGUGCAGCGGCAGCAAGCCAUCAAGCCCAUCCCUCUUAUAUUGGUGAGAUGUGCAGAUUAUCUCAUAUUAUCAGGUAUAAAUUCUCAAUACUUGUUUAAAGCUGAAGGAGAUAAGAAGGUCAUUGAGCAAUUGGUUUCUGCAUACAACCAAGAUUUAAAUGCCUCCAUACCAGAGGGCGUGAAUCCAAUUGAUGUAGCAGCUCUAGCCAAAUAUUAUAUUGCUAGUCUUCCUGAGCCAUUGACCACCUUUGAGCUUUAUGAUGAGAUCAAAAGUGCCCGUUCUAGCAUACAUGCUAUGAGGAAUGUACUAAAAAUGCUUCCUAGUGUAAAUUACAUGACUCUUGAGUUCAUCACUGCAUUGCUGCUUCGUGUUAGCCAGAAAUCAGUCCUUAACAAAAUGGAUGCACGAAGCCUUGCCAUGGAAAUGGCCCCUGUUAUUAUGUGGCAGAAGGAUAGAAAACCAGAAUCUUAUAGGAAAUACUGGAGCCAUCCACCCAAAAGUCCUUCUAAGGGUAGCAUGGAUUCAACCCCUACUUAUAGUGCAUGGGACAUGCUUGAAGAUGAUGGAGAAGAUAUGGAUGCUUCCUCCCACAUUCCUUUGGAUGAUGGUAUCCCGGUUGAUUUUGGUGCCAUUGAGGUCAUUCAAUGCCUCAUAGAACAACACAAUCCCAUAUUUACAGACGCUAAUGAGACAGUCUGGAGAUGACCGAGACUAGAUGAUUCCUUGUGGGCAGCCAAAUCAAUCAUAUCCGGGUAUGAAACUCGAAAUUUGAGCUAGAUGAUUGGUUUGCAGUAGUGGAUAUUCUUUGUGGGCAGAAGCACUUGAAUGUACAUUUUAUUCAUUAGUAUAUACUUGUUUGUAUUUGGAGAUGAAAAUGAAAUUACCUUAAAGCUACUGCUUGUGAAUGGAAAAUGCUGGUUUGUUUUUCAGGAGAAAGACAA